AAAUUCGAGAAUAGAAGAAAAAGCCCGAUCUAGGUCUGUUAUUCUGUUGAAGCUCUUUCGUCGUGGAGGAGACCGAUAGAAUAGAAGACGACCUAGAUCCAAUUGCUCUCAUUAAUUGUUUGCUUCAUCAAGAUUAUUGUGAGAAACGAAGUAGGAGAGUAAAGAAGAGAUGGGUGAAAGGAAGGUCUUAAACAAGUACUACCCGCCGGACUUCGACCCGUCAAAGCUACCAAGGGUCAGGAGGCCAAAGAAUCAGCAGAUCAAGGUUAGGAUGAUGCUUCCUAUGAGCAUUCGAUGCAACACUUGUGGCAAUUAUAUCUACAAAGGAACUAAGUUCAAUUCACGCAAGGAAGAUGUUGUUGGCGAGACAUAUCUGGGCAUCCAAAUAUUCAGAUUUUAUUUCAAAUGCACUAAGUGCUCAGCAGAGCUUGCAAUGAAGACGGAUCCACAGAAUUCAGAUUAUGUUGUUGAGAGUGGUGCAUCAAGAAAUUUUGAACCUUGGCGUGGAGAGGAUGAAGAAGCUGAUAAGGAGAAACGCCAACGAGAUGCUGAGGAGAUGGGUGAUGCGAUGAAAGCUCUGGAGAAUAGAACCUUGGAUUCAAAAAGAGAGAUGGACAUCCUUGCCGCACUUGAUGAAAUGAAGUCUAUGAAGUCAAGACAUGCUACUGUAAGUGUGGAUGCAAUGCUCGAGGCAUUGCAAAAUACAGCUGCAGAUAAGGACAAGAAGUUGGAAGAAGAAGAUGAAGAACUUAUAAGGUCAAUAUUCCAUAGGCCAAAAGAGAUUAUCCAUAGACUUCCUGACGACGACGACGAAGAUUUAUUUGACAUUGCAAAUGGCCAUUCUGAAACGUCAACUGACAACUUGAAGAAGAGAAAACUUACCGAUGGACUUGCAAGCAAUCCGACAGAUUUUUCAGCAGAAACCAAUGUUCUCGACAGUUCCAGCAGUAAAGGAAAUUCAAAUGUUUCAAGUACAGACCAGGAUGCCAAAGUUACUUCUAAAUUCAGCAGGGUCGCUGUUGUCAAGAGACGAAUCGUAACAUCUGAUGGUAACAGUUUGCCUUUGCCCAAACUGGAAGAAAACAAACAAUCAGAAGAGGAUAAAGUUGAUGGUGCGAGUAUUGGACUGCAAUCACUGUUCCAAAACUAUGAAAGCGAUGAGAGUGAAUGAAUUAUGAAUGCCCUGUCUGUCUGAUUCUGUAAUUUUCUUUCCAUUAUAUGUUUAGAGGAAACUCAUGUAGCGACUUGAAAAUAGAAUGUUUCACAAUUAUAACUCUCUUGGAUAUUGGGUUCACAGAUUUGUGGGAAAAAACUCAUUGAGGUCAGUUUUUGGUCAUUAGAUCAUGGCAUCUGGAAAGGAUGGAAGAAAGAACUGUAAGCUGCUGCAAGUUUAUAGCAUCGUCUUGAUCUUGGUUUUUUCAUGCA